UGGCCGCGGGCCGUGCUCGGUGGAGCGGCGGGGGCAGACACGGCUCCGCUCCGCUCCGCUCCGCACGGCGCGCACCGGGGCCAGCGCUCCAUGAGCCGCCGCGGGGGCGGUCGGCGCUGCGCUCGCUCCCCGCCGCGGAGCCGCCGCGCCGCCGGAGCCGGGAUGUGACUUGCGGAGGGCUGGCGGACACAGCUGCCCCGCCGCCCUCGGCCGCAGCAGACAGCGGACAGAAAAAUGAAAACCUACCCAGCCAUUGGUUUCUUCCUCCUCUUCGUGAUCAGCUAUGGCUCUUCAGAAAACUCCAGCACUCCUCGAGGGUGUGGACUGGAUCUCCUCCCUCAGUACGUUCACCUGUGUGACCUGGAUGCCAUCUGGGGGAUCGUUCUGGAGGCGGUGGCGGGGGCAGGUGUGCUGACCACGUUACUGCUGAUGCUGAUUCUGCUGGUGAGGCUCCCCUUCAUCAAGGACAAAGAGAAGAAGAGCCCCCUGGGAACGCAUUUCCUCUUUCUCUUUGGGACUCUGGGACUGUUUGGGCUGACGUUUGCUUUCAUCAUCCAGGAAGAUGAAAUGGUGUGCUCUACCCGAAGGUUUCUGUGGGGAGUUAUCUUUGCUUUGUGCUUCUCGUGCUUGCUAGCUCAAGCCUGGAGACUUCGCAGACUCGUUCGCCAUGGGAAGAGCCCCUCUGGCUGGCACCUGGCUGGGGUGGCCAUCUGCCUGAUGCUGGUGCAGGUCAUCAUCGCAACCGAGUGGCUGAUCCUGACCAUUGUCAGAGAUAACAAGCUGGCCUGCAGCUACGAACCCAUGGAUUUUGCGAUGGCUUCCAUUUACGUUAUGUUCCUGAUGGUAUUUACCAUGGGAUUUUCGUUUUUCACUCUCUGUGGGAAGUUUAAGAAAUGGAAGAAAAACGGAGUAUGCCUCAUUAUAACCCUUUUUUUUUCCAUUCUGAUUUGGGUAGCCUGGAUGACUAUGUACCUCUUCGGUAACGCCGAGCUCCAGAGAAGAGACAAAUGGAGUGAUCCCACUCUGGCUAUUGCACUGGUGUCCAGUGGUUGGGUGUUUGUUAUUUUUCAUGCCAUCCCAGAGGUCCACUGUACCAUCCUUCCAUCACAGCAGGAAAACACACCCAAUUAUUUUGAUACUUCACAGCCAAGGAUGCGUGAAACCGCUUUUGAGGAAGAUAUACAGCUUCCUCGGAGCUACAUGGAAAAUAAAGCCUUUUCAAUGGAUGAACAUAAUGCAGCGCUAAGAACGGCAGGAUUUCGAAACGGCAGUUUGGGAAGCCGGCCUAGUGCUCCUUUUAGAAGCAAUGUUUAUCAGCCAACUGAGAUGGCAGUUGUGCUAAAUGGUGGGACUAUACCAACUGCUCCGCCAAGUUACACUGGACGACACCUCUGGUGAAAAGCUGUAGGCUGUAGAGAAUAAGAAUCCUUGUUGCAGAUGUUGUUCCCUGGCAGUGUGUCUUUGAGGGAAGGAAUCCAUAACAGUACCAGAACAAAGCAACAAAACCUCCAGGAUUUUUCUAAAUCUGCCUAAAUGUGAACACCAUUGAACGGAGAAUUGCGAAAAUAAAAUCGUAAAACUAAAUCUGAAUCUAAUUUAAAACAGAAGUAGGCACACCUUAAAUUGGCAGAGGGGAUAUUGCAUUCUGAAGCGUAAGAUACUCUCUUGUCUGUAACUCGUGUGCCAGGCAAGCCUGAUUUUGGUGGUUGGCAGUUGCUUGCAAAAUACCCUCCUCUCACCUAAACUUAAUUCAUUUUGCCACGAGAGAUUGCAGCUACAGUGUGAAAACACGCAGGAUUUUUCCCAUUUUGCUCCUUUUCCUGUCAUUUCCAACAUGAGAAGUCCCUUGUUUGCUCCUCCCUAGCUGUGCUGUACAGUCACUCAGCAUGGUGUGUAGUCAGACACGGUCCCUGUGGCGGCUCAGUGCCCGGUGCUCUGUGGCUGAAGCUCUGCUCUCCAGAAGCCGCCCGAGGAGGGCAGUUCUGGAGGGAUGGGGUACGAGGGUACCACAGUGACCCGUUCCACGCGUGGCUCGGCCACAGCCGCUCCCGGAACCGGCCUCGAGCGGGGGGCGAGCAGAGAGCCCGCGGCUCCCGCAGGCCAAGCCGCUCCUCGCAGGAUGAGUUUGUGGAGGGCUUGGCUGGGAGAGGAGGUGCCUGGCGGUGCUGCUGGAGGGAGGAAGGGAUGAAGGGAGGCUCCUGAGGCCGGCCCGGGGCGCUGCCUGGGCAGGGACCCCGGGCAGCAGAGGGGGAGCCCCGAGCCGCUGGCCCAGCCCGGUGCCCCGGACCGCAGCUGUUCGUGCGUUUCAAUGUGGUUGUGCAUUUUAGUGCCUAGAAAGUAGAAUCUCUGUGCUGGAAGUGGUUUGUUGUUGUUUUUGUUUAUUUAAGGUGGUUUCUUCCCCACUCCUCCCCAUCCAUUUUCUUGAGUUGAUAUAAAGCAGACUUUUCAAAGCUUUUCAUCUUCGUUUUCUCCGGGUUAUUUAAACGGUUCCCAUUGCCCAUUUGUUGUGCCAUGGUUUUUCAUUACGUUCGAGCAAUCAUUCCUUUCUUUAACAUUUAAUACAUAUCGGACAUUGAAAACAUCACUGUAUCCUCACUGUUUGGCCAAUGUUAAUCUUAGCUUUCCUCAAUACUAAAAGCUAAUUGUUUUUACUUGAAGGUAUAGGAAACAUAUAACAAUUAAACUUUGCAUAUGCUGUAAUAAAAAUAUAUAUUUUCAAACUAAAAAAAGAAUUAAAAUGUACAAAUAACUGAAUAGCUUAGUAGCUUCACAGAGAGAAGUUACUUGCUCUAUACUGCAGAAGACAGACAAGCUUUUUAUUUUUCAAGAGUCUUCCUGAUUCCUCAUGUACCUCCAUUUCUACUGAAUUAGGAACCUAGUCCUGCAGACUUGUACUCCCACCAGUAGUCCCAUCGACACCAGUAGGUCUACGUACCGGUACAGAGGCUGCAAGGCCAGUCCCUAAGUGUUGCACACAGAUAUAUGUAUAUAUAUAUAUGGAAAAGUAUAUAUCGCCAUUCUUGCCAUGAUCAUCUUAUGGGGUUUUAUUUCAAAGCCCUUCUCCUCCAGAAGCAAUGUUUUUCUGUCAUGCAUGAGUGAAGGAGUAUGUCAGCUCCCCCCUGCCCUCCCCUCCUCGAGGCAAAGGAAGCAUGUGCUUGUUUUAGGGAUCCUUUAUUUCAUUUUCUAUGUAACUAGAUGGCCUUAGUAACCAAGUAGGGUAGGGGUGGAUAUUGCAUGCUAUCCAGUGACUUAGAAAUACAUUUUGCUUGUUAUGAGCAGAGCUUUGAUCAAAUAAGAUAAUAUUUAAAAUAAUGAUAGCCACCCAGAGGACACGUAAUUUGGAACAAUAAAAAAAAACCUAUUACUAUAAUUUGCCUGCAGAAUUUUACUUUUAAAAACCAGUUUAAAAAAAUCCCUCAUAAAACUCUUAUCAUAAAAACAUAUAAGAUGACCAUGGCAUAAAUGGUAGGACAGCUUUCUUUUAAAAAGUUUAUCAUGCUACAACCAAGACUUAUGAAUUAUAACACACAUUUUACAGACCUUUGACAAAAUCUACACAAGACACAGUUAUCUUAAGAAACUUUAUUUUUCUUUUUCUAGAUGUGACUGAAUUGAUAGAGUUCCCAAUCCUGCUUCUGAUGAAGUUGUUUUGGAAUUUCAGGGCUUAUGCAAAGAUACAGCCAGAUUUUACAAACUGCUAUUCACAUGACUAGUCUCGCUGGGUUAGUCAUGUGGACUAUUCACUGAAUUAAAAAUUAGCAGGAUUGGGUUUAAUGUGUGGUGGUGAAAGUGUGGCAAUAGAUUUAGGAGGGUCUUUAUUUUCCAAUUUUAUCCAAUUAGUAGUCAGCAACUUUUUUUUGUAAGUCACUAGUCUGUGAUGUAAAAUGCCCCAAAAUAAAACUGUAAUUGAAGAAAGGCACCUUUAUGUUAACUUACAUUUUUGUUACAGUAUUUACUUUUGCCUUUUUUGAAAGUUUGCUAGAAUGUAGAGCAUCUGUGAACAACAUGAACAAGUAAGCACAAGCCUUUCACAGUUCUCCUAAUUAUAAUUAGCUUUUAUACUAUAAAAGCUACUAUGUUGUCCCUUGAUGGUUAUGUGCUCAUGGUGUUUCCAUGCAGAAAAAUGAAAUCACAAAGAAUCUGACAAAGGCAUCUAUUACCAAAACAAGGUUUAUAAUGACUGGCUUUUGAUAAAUGGCAGGAAAAGCGUUCAAAGUCACACAGAUCCUGGCCUGCUUUCAGAUGGGUUGAGGGUGUUUGACACUUGCCAGAAAAUAAUGUAGCAUCUUCAGAAGAACACUCUCAAUACAUCCAGCUGUUUCUAUAAACAAGGUACAUGAAAUACUAUAGAAUUAGCUGUUUCAGCUUCUAGUCUAAACACAGGCAUCUUGUUUGGCUUUGUUUGAGCUUGAUGCCUUGGGUCUAACCAAAGGCCAUACAAAAGGGAGCAUUGUAGCUUUUAUAAUAAAACAAUUGGAUUAUUCUACCAACUUACAGGAUUACAAAGCAGGUGCUUUUUAUUAAUUGAUGAGAGCUAAAGCUCAUUUUUGAUAGAUAAUAUAUAUUUAUUAAAUGUAUUAACGUGUGUUUUAUAACGUACCCUUUUUUCCGCUGAUUGUUGCAUACUGGUAUCUUAUUAAGUACAUCUUUAAAGGAUUUUCAAGACAAUCAAUGUGUACCAUGAUGACUGUACAUAAGUAUACAAAACUACAAAGGUUGUAAAGCAUGGGCAAAUGUUUUAUUUUCAAAAUGCUGUUCUUAAUGAGAAUAAAGGCUUUACUAUUUACUUACAA